AUGGCACAAGCUGUAUUUGAAGACCACCCGCUCGAGUCUUACCUCAGGCAAACCGGAGAGGACUCGAUGCCGGGCGCCAUUCCAGGCCUACUACCCGAAAACGCCGACUACGACGACUCAGACGAUGAUGGUGUCCCGGAGGCGACGAUGCAGGAUUUAUUGGACCUGUUGCCCGACCCACUGGUUCAGUUGAUACAGGCCCUGCUCUCCGAGUUCUCCAUGAGCCAUACAAUCAUGGGUCAAGACCGGGAGUUAUCCGAACGCUUCAAAUACGACAUCAUAUCCUCCUCCCUUCUCGCCGCGUCCAUCAGCCCUCCGACAUCUGCGCACGACCGAUCUUUCAGCACGGAUAUGCCUCAUAUUCCUGGCUCACCUCCCGACGCGCAGUCCGACGAUGAUGUGCUGCAUUCGUCGUCCUCUCCUGUACCCCUCUCUGUUGUGGUCCUGUCUAUCUGCACCUUGCUCUCGAUACUCUCCGGAUUUAUUGUUCUCGCUCUCCUGUCUGGCUCCUCAGUAUACUAUCUCCACAUGCACGCCCAUAAUCCCGGUCGCUCUACAGAUGGCAUUAGACCCACAUUGAAUACUCUCAAUGAGCUCAUCGCAGCCAGUAAUCUCUGGGAGUCGACCGUUCACGAAGUUCACGCCCUCAUCGAAGAUGAAGAAUCAUCAAUAUACCAUGGUAGCCCCACCACAUCGUCAUCGCCUAGUUCGGCUCUCCGCGUCGCCCUCCUUUCCGCUCUACAGACUACUCAAUCGCAAUGCGACAACGUGCGACACCUUCUGUCCGCCCUUACAUCACCGGCUGCACUCAGCCAGCUGGCCGAGAUGUACGCGCCACCGUCUCCAGUGCGGCCAGCGCUUGAACUUCUUGCGGAUCCUGCGCGACCUGUGACGAUGCCUGUUCGUCAACGUGUAUUGUCGGCGCCUACGGAUAAGCGCGCGACGUGGAGCGGGAACGGUGGACUAUCAUACUCCGCUAUCGCCUCGGCUGGAAGCCCAUCGCGGCAUGCACUGCGGAGGAGAGAGAAACGGCGCUCUGACCUGAGUGCAUUGCUCGAGGCAUCCGGUCCUACCAGCUCCAGCGCGCCUGUCACGCCUGACAUGAAGUCAGUUCAAGAAGAGGACGAGGAUGAUGUGCAGGAGAUCACCAUCGACGCGGGAUUUGGAUCGACCUUCGGUUCUUCCGCUUUGGACCUACGGAAGAGGCGUCGCAUCAGCGGGAUGGAAGCGUUAGGUUUCCCUUCUCCCGCAUCCGCGCCGGCAAUCGACCGCUUGUCAUCACCGCCACCACAUCCUACCCUGCGACACUCGCGCUCAUACGGACAUACGGCACGUGCCUCAUCUGUAGCGGGCUCGGCGACAUCUCCUGCGACAUCCACGUCUGCUCGCUUCACAUCCGUCCAGACCUCGCGCCACCCCCUUUCCCUCACGGCGAUCAACAAUGCACUCUCCGGAGCCAUCUCCGCCAAGCGCUACGCUGCAGCACAUUUACUCGCCCUCCGCUUCGAAGAAGAGGAAGACGAGCAGUACUGGGGCGAUGUCCGUUCCAUCAUGAGUCUGCUCGCAAGUUCGCUCGCCGAGGCUACGGCUCGUCUAACAUCAACACUCGAGAAGGACGAGCGCACGCGAAUGAACGCACAGAUCCCUACACCCAUUCAUUCUCCACGCGUCUCGCUCAGCCUAAGCGACGCCGUCCCACGCCGACGCGUCUCCCGCCCGCAAACGCCUCUGACGUCCUCAUUCGGCUCGGGCUCGAGCUCGCAUAGACAACGCGAUAGCCUGUCCUUCGCUCCUAUGCCCAGCCAAUUCUCGAGGUUUGCGACGCAUGUAGACGCCGUGUCGACUGCGCUCUCUGAUGCGCGGGAGAACCUCGAAUCAUGCGUGGCCGCGCUGCGUGAUGACGAUCGCUCAGAAGCGCACGAGCGCUCCGACUCGCUCAGCUCCGUUACUUCGCACCCGGCCGUUCAGGCGUACGAGCGCCUGCGUCGCGAGCUUGGGCUCGCAUUGCGCGAGUGCGAGCGUGGACGGGAGAGGUUGUUGGAUCUUGUCAGCCCGCCGCCGCCUGUGCACUCUGAUGAGGAGGAUGAGGCUAUCGGAGAUGGUGACGAGGAGGUUCCGGCGCUUGCGAGCGACGAUUCGGAUCGGGCUGAUAGCCUGCGACACGCACUUCCCCAUUCGCCAAUCACCGGUUCACCCACACGCGGCGACGCCGUCCUCGUACAUUCCGGUCCGCCACCUCCAUCAGAUGUACCCGCCGCACUCGAGGCUCUGCUCGUACCUACGGGUAUCGAACAAGUGUUCGAGGCUGAACCCGAUGCGCUCGUCGCGCUCGGACGGGAGAGGAGUAAGAUUUCACGGGAGGAGAGGAUACGGCUCGCGAAGGCCAGGCGUGAACAAGAGAAGGAGGGGAGGUUGGAGCAGGAGAAGUGGGGACCUGGCGUGGACGUUGUUGAUGAGCUUCGAGACGUCAUCUGGAAAGUAGGCGAGAGGAGGAGAAAGAUGAUGGAGAUGCAUGCUGCUCCGGAGGAAGAUGAGGGCGAGGAUGCUGUGGAGGGCGUCGAGCCGAUGUGCGAGGAUGUGCCGGUGCCGAGAGGGUUUGAGGAGGGAGAUGAGGCGUUGAUCAGGUUAUGA